AUUACUCCUUCUUCUUGAUUUAUCUUCGUGGAUAAUUACAGAGUGGCGCAUUUGAAACGAUACUGUUUUCGACAAGGGCGGACGACUAAUGUUAUGUCCCUAUAUAUCUAAGUAACGGUUGCUAAGUUAGCUAGCGUCAAAGUUCAUGCUAGCUUGCGAGUAGUUAAAGCUGUGUGGCUAACGUUAGCCGAUGGAGUCUACACAAGGAGCAGGUAACUGGUUGCUACAGAGUUAAACGUAAAGCAGACAACGCCGGGAGGGUGUAAAGUAGUAAAUGCGGCAAACGGACAGGUUGGUGCCAGCAGACAUAAAGCGGUUUGGCUUAAACGCAACCCCCACCUGUUGAUGGGAGCUUGUCGCCCGACUGAGUAUAUUCACUCAGCAAAUAAUCGUUAUCAGGAGCCACAGGAGACAGACAGACAUGAGCUCGAUGAAGCAGAAGAUGUGAUGACGGCCACGGAGAUGAUGGGGAUAUAAUGUAGCCUUUGUGUGACCAAGGCAGACAAUACGGAAAACCUGAGAGAAACCCGUUGGCCUUGCUUCUUAUUACCGUUUCGGAUUAACUUUGAGAAUUUCAUCUUGGUUGCUCAAUACCUACGAUGAGCGUUUGUUCUCAAAGUGACAACAUGGAACCAGAAAACAAAACUGACCCUUAUGAAGACAACCGGGAUGUCGAUCGAAGUCGCCAGUCGCUGCGGAGUACAAGGAAAGAUUCUUGUGACUCGUCCAUCCAAAAACAAAAAAGGAGCAACUGGGACAAGAUCAGGGAUGAGGAGGAAAAGGAAGACGUCGCUGAGGGUAGAUCAAAAACAAGAACGUGGCAUCCUGAUCCGGAUCGGGACCAGAUAUCAGAUGGAGAGGGACGGAGAAGUAGUCGCUCUUAUUACUCUGACGAUUACGAGAAUGAGUCUCCUUCAGACAGAUCGCUCUCACCCUACUCCCAGUCCCGGACUCCAUCUCCAACGCCUCAGAGGGGGAUCAGGGCAAAGAAGGCUUCUAACAUCCCCUUCUAUAAGACAGGUGGUGUGGGGCGUCGAGGUGUUUCUCGCCCACAGCGUCCAGGUGGCCAACCCCUGACCCAGCAGCAACGCAGGGGAGUGCGUUCCCAAAGCAAGGAGUCCACACCGCCUAAAGACUUGGACCUGGUCACCAAGAGGAUGCUCUCAGCCCGCCUGCUAAAGAUCAAUGAAUUGCGCAACUCACUUGCUGAGCUGCAACAGCGCACUGACGAGCUGCAGAAGGAGAAUCGAGUUCUCAGACAGCUUCAGGUGCGUCAAGAGAAAGCCCUGCAGCGCUACGACGACACCGAGAGUGAGAUUUCUCAGCUACUGGCACGCCAUUCCAAUGAAACCCAAGUGCUGCGUGAGCGGUUGAGGCGCACUCAAGAGCGGGAACGGGCAGCCGAGCGACGGUUGAAGGACAGUGACGAGCAGCUGCAAAGGAGUCGGGCGACCAUAGCGCGGCUGAAGAAGCUGGUUGACCAGCGAGAGUUGGCCACCAGAGACGAGCUAAGCAGCAGGCUGGAGGAAGAGAAGACACGGGCCCAAGAGGCAGAACGAAAGAUCAAGGAGCUGGAGCGUGGCUUGGAGCUGAGCAACAGCAGUUACCAGAGGCAGCUGGCUGCAGAGAGGAAGAAGACCGUGGGCGCCCAGGAGGAGAUCAGGACUCUGCAAGAGGAACUGGAUCGACUGACCAACAAACUCAAGGAGAAGGAGAGAGAACUAGAUGCCAAGAACAUCUAUGCCAACCGCAUGAUGAAACCACCACUAAGAAAAGAUGCUGAUAGUGGUACAAAGCGAAAAGCCCUCAGCAGGAACAGUGCCAAGACAGCACUGACGACAGACAGGCCAUCUAGUCUGGAUUUCCCCACACCUCCACCUGCCAUCACCGAUGCAAACGGAUACAGUGAACAGGCACCUGAUGAAUACCUGUCACUCAAGGAGCGUAACCAAGAGGACAGAGGGGCAGAAACAGAAGACGGGCAUCUAAAGUGGGAACAGCAGAAGAUGACUGAUGGGGAAAAAGAAAGAGACAAGGAAAGCGAACUGGUGAAGGAGAACAAGGAGAAACCACAACUCAACCAGGAGCUAAAUGUGCUUGAGGAGAAGGCAAAAAGACUCAGAAAUGGCCGGGAGAAAGAGAAGGAGGAAGAAGACAGAAAGAGGACAAGUUCCUUCUUAAACCAGGAGGAAGAGAAUAUCAGGAAGCCUGGCCAUGUCCUGGAAGAGGUGAGGAAGUGGAACCAUGAUGUUCUGGCCAAUCAGCAAGCAGCAGAGGAAGCGCAUCGCAAAAAGGAACAGCUGCUGGCUAAGAUGCUUGAAAUAGACCGUCAGAACCAAGGAACCCAGGACACCAUGUCUUCUGAGUCCAGUAAGGGCCAGAGUAACCAUUCUUCUCCUCGUCUUCCCGAGCAGAGGAACUCUUCCAUUUUAAACCUGACAGAAUCAGAAGAAUCAGCCAGUUUGCACAGUGGUGCCGGAAGCAGGGAAGGUGGAAGGAGAAGAUCAGGCAUAGAGGGUGGAGCUGUUACAACAGGACUGGGGAGGAGAGCGCUUCGCUCCCAGGUCUCCAAUGACGACUUGGCAUUCGGAAGUUACGCGCCUUCUUUUGGAAAUUCAGCCUCCCGAGGUUCAGGCUUCCCUCCACCUCCGCCCACCGAGGACAGGGACUCUGCGUUAGAAGCAAUAGGUGUUUUUAGCCUCAGAGGGGUUGGCACGGAGAAAGAAAAGGAGGCAGAAAGAGGAGCGGGGAAGGACAAGAAGUCUGCCCUCAUGCAGCAGCUAUUUGGUACCCUGGCCACACCUGCUGGGGAUAGUCUUAGCACCUCCAAUACGAUGGAGAUCCUGAACAGUCCUCCCUCUACCAAUGGAGUGCGUUCUAGAAGGGGAGAACUGCUCAGCUUCAACUCAGGGUCUUCCUCUCCUCCUACAUCCUCCCUGAACACCCUACAGGUAGCAGACAGCAGACCUGCCAUCCGUGCCAUCCACUCAUUUGAUGAUGACAUAGAGGAACUGACUUUGUGAAAUUAAUUUAUAUUAAAGACAUUAAUCUCAAAAAGAGACUGCGUGAUGAACAUGGUUCAUAAAUUCUAAGUAAUAAAUUAUAAAACGUGUUGCUGUCUUUUAAAUGUUUCAUCAUGUAGGACAUUAAUUUUAAGUGACUGUGAUGCAUUCAGGUGCAUGUGUGUUGACACAUGGAUGAUAGAUAGUUGUCAGUGUCGCUGUAACUGGUGAUAUAGAAAUGUUUAACCUUUGAUCUGUUUUAAUGGUAGGUAUACUCACAAGUUUUGUGUCGACUAUGGCUUGUACUGGUUUGCACUUGCUAAAUUUGAAAAGGUUCCUCAGGUUGCUUUCCAGUUUUUGUGGUAGAAUAUGACUGGUAGUUUAUCUUUCAGAAGAAGGAUAGCAGGGCCGCAACACUAAAGCCCAUAAAAUGUAUCCAAUUUAUAGUGGUGCAAGCAUUACAUUAACUCUGGCUGCAAGUCACGUUUUUGCAUUGGAUAUUUUAGCGCAUUGCCAUAUUGGUUCAGUAAUAAUAGUUUUGAAUCCUGCUUUACUUCGGGUAUCAGUAUUUGAGUAGGUUUUAUUCGACAUUUGGGUGAUUGAUGCUAUAUGAAUGUAUGACGAAGCAAUAUGACAAUCAAACAUCAGUCGCUGAAUGUGUGACAAAUUAUGUAAAACGGGUUAUUUUUUAAAAGCAUUUAUAAUAAAACUUAAUUGUCAAGGUUAAUGCCCUGUGAGCACAUGUUGCUAAAUAAGUUAUUAAAGGACAUUUGAAGCAUA